AUGCCUUUCAACACCGCAUUGACACGCAAGCUGGGAAUUACAGUCCCGAUCAUUCAAGGGGGUAUGCAAUGGGUCGCUGUUGCGGAGCUCGCGUCUGCAGUCAGCAACGCCGGUGGACUGGGUAUACUCAGUGCACUCACGCAUAGUACUCCUGAUGACUUGCGAAGAGAAAUCCGGAAAUGUCAGUCCAUGACUAAGAAACCCUUCGGGGUGAAUCUCACGCUACUCCCCUCUCUCAACCCCCCGGAUUACGCUGCCUACGCGCGUGUGAUAGCAGAGGAAGGGGUGAAAAUCGUCGAAACUGCAGGGCACAAUCCAGGACCUAUCAUCGCACAACUAAAGAAGGCGAACAUUCUCAUACUACACAAAUGCACUACAAUUAGACAUGCGAAAUCGGCCAUCAAACUGGGUGUGGAUUUCCUUUCUAUCGACGGCUUUGAAUGUGCCGGUCACGUCGGCGAGCAUGAUUUGACAAGCUUCAUACUCCUUGGGCGCGCCAGACAAGAGCUUACGGUCCCAUUCAUUGCGUCAGGUGGGUUCGCAGAGGGGCGGGGACUGGCUGCUGCUCUGGCACUUGGCGCAGAGGGUAUAAAUAUGGGAACUCGGUUCUUGUGUACGGCCGAAUCUCCUAUCCACCAGAAGAUUAAGGAGGCUAUUGUCCAUGCGCAGGAGACGGAUACUACGUUGGUUAUGCGACGUUGGAGGAAUACGAGUCGUUACUUUGCGAACACUGUCACCGAGCCUGUGUUGAAAAUUGAAAAGGAGUCGCCGUCAGGCGAGUUCUCGGAGAUUGCGCCAUUCGUUAAUGGUCAGCGUGGACGACAGGUGUUUCUAAACGGGGAUAUUCAUCAUGGAGUAUGGACGGUUGGACAGGCUAUUGGAUUGAUCCAGGAUAUUCCGACGUGUAAAGAGCUAGUACGUCGUAUCGAACGGGAUUCAGUGUUGGCAAUUGAGGGCGUCCACAAACUUUACCAUGAUCGACCGUUGCAGAGCAAGUUAUGA